UGUGACACGCGCCGUGCAGGCUUCGUCCCAAGCGCCCGCAGACGACAAAAGCACAGGACCGAUGGAGCCGACGAUCUUCGUGCGCAAUAUGGCCGACGGCGACGUCACCCGCCACGCGCUGCUGCUGCUCGAGUGCGAGUUCAUGUGCGACUGGGACCUCCCGACGAAUGUGCUCGCCGAGGUGCAGAUCGGCGACGCCGCCACGUACUGGCCGGUCGCGCCGUCCGGUCGCUUCAAGGCGCUCGUGCAUCUGCCGCGCGUCGGCGCGCACGACAUUGUCAUCAACGUCGCCGAGUGCUACACGUUCCUCUCGGUCACGUACGCGCUUCCGACCACCGACCACAAGAUCCGCUUCCACUACCAGAAAUGCGCCGGUGACGACGGGUCGUUUGACGCGCCUCGGGGCGCCGACAACUCGGAGGCGAUGGCAGUCGCCAAGAUCAAGUUUAAUGCGCUCUUGUUGCAGACGGCGAUGGCGGCGCUCCUGCCCAACCACGAGACCUUUGCCCUCGAAGUCGACGAGGACGGCCAGCCGAUCGUGCACGUGAUCGAAACGAGCUUUGGCCUCGCUGCUGCCCACGCCGCGACCGACCAAGAGCUCUACGCGCUUGUCGCCAAGGACAUGGAGGCGCUGGGGUAUCACCACUGCGUGCGCGGGACGCAGUGGAAGCACGCUGUCAUCCUCGGCUGCUCGCGCUACAACCCGUCGACGCGCAAGGCCGACGGGCACUUGGCACUCGGCGGCAAUGCGCACGCGAUGUUUGGCGCCUGCGGCUUGCACACGUGGGCAGCCACCGUCGGUGAAGUGUCGAGCAAGUUUCUCGAUGGGACGCUCAUCGAUGCGUCCCGGCUGCUCGAUGACAGCUGCCACCGCAAGACCCACUGGGCCAACUACGCGACGGGCCUUGGCGCCUUCUUGCACGAGCUCGGCCAUGCGCUCGGGCUCGGCCAUGCGGUCGACGGCAUCAUGGCCCGGGGCUUUGACAACCUCAACCGGCUCUUUUGCAUUUUUGAGCCCAAGCCUUUGCUCCAAGGCGCGGUCUAUUCGCACGCGUACGCCGACGGCAAGCUCAUGCUGCACCAGCAACAAGUGGUCGAAGUGUCGGACGUCCACGGCGCGCACUGGCACCGCGCGGAUGUGCUGCGCCUGCGCACGUGCAAGUGGCUCGCAGCAUCGCGGGUGCUCGAGCCGAGUGGCGCGCCGGCGGUCAAUUGGCGCCGGGAUUUGCUUGGACCGGUUGGGUAUGGCACCCACGACGGCCAACUCACGCCAUUUGAAGCCAACGACGAGACGACUGCGGGCAUUUUGAUCACGUCUGGUGCGUACGUCGACCGGCUGGAGCAACUCUCGCCGUCGACGCUCAACGAUUUGCUCCUCGCCGAUCUUAGCGUCGGUGGCAACCAAGAUCUCUUUGUACUGCUCGACCACGAGUACAUUUUGCGGGUCGAUGUCCACGCCGUCGCUUGGGUCGACGGCCUUCGGUUCCACACCAACCUCCGCACGACGCGCAUGUAUGGCGGUGGCAGUGGCAUUGCACCGCGGUCGCUGGUCGCGCCACGUGGGCACUACAUUGCGUCGCUCUUUGGAGCCCACGGCCAGCACCAUCUCGGGCGCGUCGGCGCCGUCGUUCGCCGCCUGCCGUCGACCGAGCUAACACGGACGCUGCUGCCGGCACCGACAACGGCCACGACUGGGCUGUUUGCAUCGGCGCUCUCGUCGUUGUUUGGCCCGACCGUGCAUACUCUCCCGGCGGUUGGCGACGGCGCCUACGACGGCGACCAAGACCCAUUUUCGUUCAAAGACGGACUGGGUGCGGUCGUCAUCUCGUGUGCGACGUAUGUGACCAACCUCAAGUGCCUCUCGGUGUCGGAGGCGGCGGCGCAGCUGGCCGACGGCUUGUACUGCAGCGACGACCAACACGUCUUUGCGCUCGUACCGGGCGAACACCUCGUCCAAGUCGACGUUCGGUCGGGCGCGUGGGUUGACGCACUCCGAUUUGUCACCAACAAGCGCGUCACGCCGUGGUAUGGCGGCGACGGCGGCGUCUCGUCGGCGCUCGUGUGCCCGCCAAGACAUGCGAUCGUCGGCUUUUUCGGCUCGAUUGGCGACAACUACGUCGGGACCUUGGGCGCCUACUACUCGGAGCUGCCGCCGACAACUGUGCCACAAGCACCGACGUCGGUCGUCGCGCCGCUGGAGGCGCCCGUGUCGACACCGAUCGGUGUUGUGGUUGUCGCGACGGCCACCGACGUCCAGCUUGUUGCAACGUUUGCAUCGAUGGCGGCGUACGCCGAACUCCGCGCCCAGCAUCCGCACCAUGUUGUCUUUGUCUUUGCCGAGCACGAUACGCUCGUGCAAGUCGACGUGUGCCGCCCGGACGGCGUCACAGUCACUGGCGUCGGUCUGCACUCGGCCCGCCUCGGCAGCGCGUGGUAUGGUCACUUUGACGCGGCGUCACUCGCCUACUUGAGCGCACCAAGCGCAUAUCUCUCGCAUCUGCACAUUGCCGGCGCCGACGUCUCGUACGAGUUUGCGGCGACGACGUCAACGACGACGGCACCAACGUUUCUCAACGAUGGUACGACGGUGGUCGACGCCGGCGAGGCCAACGCCUGCCUCGACUCGCGUGUCGGUCUUGUCGCGGCGGUGGUCUGCCGCCACAACAAUGGCGACGCACUUGUCGACAAGACGCUCGAGUGGUCCAACGUGUCGCUGGACACGACACCGCCGUUGACGUGGUAUGUGUCGCGCGCCAUUGUGAGCAAGAGCCUGCCGGACGCUGCGACGCCGCACGGACUCUUGGCGAUUGAUGUCGCUGGCGUCACUACGUAUGCGCCGAGUGGUGACUUUUCGUAAACCCUAAUCCACGAGUUGAUGCAGACCAAGUGUUUGUAGAAGAAGACUCUUCUCGCCGAAAUAAAGUUAGAGGAAUGAGAUAUCAGAACCAGUAGUUUGAG